AUGGGCAAAAAGAAACAAGAAAUGGCACAAGUAUACAAUGGUUCUAAGAACGAAUUCAUAUUCGGCGAGCAAGGGGGUAAAGGCAAGAACCUUUCGUCCUUUUUAAAGAAUUUGUCAUUGACAGGAUCCAGCAAUAACAACAGCCAAGAAUCUAUCGAGGAGGCAAAUAGCAACAUCUACGGGAGUUUAUCUUACAAGAAAGGGCGGAAUGGAUCAAACCCCAUGCUAAGCCACGGGUCAGCGUUUGUACCACAACCGUCGAUCAACAGAACAGCGUCAAUUGGGUCAUCUUUUGGAGGGGACCAUCAAAGGGAUACAUCACCUAGAUCAUUUUCAAGAAGUGAAAAACACGCCAGGACAAAGUACACUGAUUUGGAUGAUGAUUGGAAUGCAGACUUACAAGACGAAGUUUCAAAGCCUGCAGUGCCACCACCUCCAAUAUUAGAUUCAUUAUAUCCAGAUUUAACUGUGCAGAUGUCCCCACAAACCAACAUCAAACAGUCUUUAGACAUUGAGGAUUCUAAAGCAAAUGCUGAGAUCAGUAGACUCAACCAAUUGAAAAACAAGUAUGCUAAAUUUAAAUCGGUGCUAUCGUCUGAGAGCGUUAUCAACAUUCAUGAAUUGCGUCAAUUGUCAUGGAAUGGUAUUCCAAAUGAGCUCAGAGCGUUGUCCUGGCUGCUACUUUUAGGUUAUCUACCGACUAACAAGUCUAGACAAAGCUCAACUUUAAAAAGAAAACGUCAGGAAUACUUAGAUGGAAUUGGUAAUAUUCAGAUCAAUUUUGAUGAGAAGACAAAACCAGAGGCGAGUGCAAACGGAAAUAGAGAAGCAUUAAUUUACCAUCAGAUCAAUAUAGACGUUAAACGGACCAAUCCUUCUAUCAAAUUGUAUGCCUAUCAGAGUACACAAAUGUCACUUCGAAAGAUUUUAUUUUUGUGGGCCAUGAGACAUCCAGCGAGUGGGUAUGUACAGGGCAUAAAUGACUUGGCCACUCCGUUUUAUCAAAUAUUUUUGUACCAUUACCUCUGGCAGUUGCAGAGAAAACAGUCAAUGAAAAACAAAGACGAUGACGAUGGUGAUACCGACCUUUUCAUUCCGGGAUACAUGUCAAAUGGUGAUGACAAAGAGGAAAAUGCGUUACUUGCUGAUAAAAAUUUACAAAAUUACACCAUCCACAACUUUGACACCGGAAAGUUGAGUCAGAGGAUAACAUCAGUCAUCGAGUCAGAUACAUACUGGAGUUUGUCAAGAUUGCUCGAAAACAUUACCGACAACUACAUUCAUGAACAACCAGGCAUAAUAAGACAAGUUAAAGACUUGAGGAACUUGGUUUCAAAAAUCGAUUACGAUUUGAUUAAACAUUUUGACGAAGAAGGUGUUGAAUUUUUACAGUUUUCAUUUAGAUGGAUGAAUUGUAUGCUAAUGCGAGAAUUGCCUAUUGAAUUAAUCAUACGUAUGUGGGAUACUUAUUUAAGCGAGCAGCCAUUAGGAUUUAGCGCUUUUCAUACCUAUGUUUGUGCUUCAUUUUUGAUAAAGUUCAGCACAGAUUUGAAGGAGAAAGACUUUCAGGAAAUUUUAUUGUUUUUACAAAGUCCACCAACAUCGAAUUGGAGGGAACAAGACGUCGAAUUAAUGCUAAGCGAGGCAUACUUGUGGCAGACGUUUUAUAAGAAUGCAUCGGCCCAUUUGAGAUAG